AUGUGUUUUGCAAUCAUCAUUAUACCAAGUUUAUAUCCAUUACUAACAACAGCAAAUCCACCAAGCACACAAACGAAAUCGAAAGAUAAUCUAGUCAUAAUUGAAGGUGAUAUCAUUGUUCGCCGAAAUCAAGCACGUGGAGUUGCAGUUCGUGACAGAGGUGCACGUUGGACAAAUGGAAUUGUUCCCUAUCAAUUUGCAUCCGGAUAUAGUUUCUGGCAUGAACAAUCACGCCCCGAUCGUGAUUCAUAUGUACGAAUCUAUUUGGAAAAUAUGAUAGCUGGCCACGAAGGCGAUUUUCAAAAGCUGGAUAAUACACAAGUUGACACUCAAAAUACACCGUACGAUUAUGACUCCUUAAUGCACUACAGACGUACUGAAUUUUCUAAAAAUGGUUUAUCAACAAUUGAAACACUUCAACCGAAUAUUAAGAUCGGACAGCGUCUUUAUUUAAGUCCAAUUGACAUUCAAGAAAUUCAACUCUACUAUAAUUGCACAGGAACUGGACCCACAUUACCACCGACUACAACAGUUAUUACGCCUAUAACAAGUAAAAAUAUGAUAAUUGAAUAUUAA